AUGUCCACAAAACCUGUGACACGAGUUGCCAUUGUUGGAGCUACUGGCCGCAUCGGCGGAGCCUUUGCUCAGUCGCUUCUGCAAACAGGCCAGCAUGAAGUCACAGCUCUCACCCGCAAAGAUAGCCAGGGAAAGGUCCCCGAGGGAGUUCGGUCCGUUCAGGUUAACUAUGACGAUGACGACUCACUUGUGAAGGCCUUGAAUGGCCAACAAUUCCUUGUGAUUACUCUGAGCGUCCGGGCCCCAGAAGAUCUUCAUGCUAGAAUUACCGCAGCUGCCGCCAAGGCUGGUGUUUCCUACAUCAUGCCAAAUGCGUACGGAUUCCCUAUUAGUCCGGAGGGCGUGAAGGACGGGGAUUUAUACGGAAAGCGCGUUAUCUCUCGAAUCGAUGACGCUCAAAAUGGCGGCUCUUCCUCAGUGACAAUGCCAUGUGGUUUCUGGUACGAAUGGAGCCUGGCAUGCGGUGAACAAUGGUUUGGCUUCACUAUCAAAGAUCGGAAGGUGACAUUUUUCGACGACGGCACUCGUGUCGUUAGUGCCAGCACUUGGGACCAAUGUGGUCGCGCGCUGGCUGCUCUCCUCAGCCUGCCGGAGUCGGGAGAAACCCCUGCACUUGCCGACUUUAAGAACAAGGAAGUCCGGAUCAAUAGCUUCCGUGUCUCGCAGCGUGACAUGCUAGACAGUCUGCAUCGUGUCUUGGGCACCACCGACUCUGAUUGGGAGAUUACUCAUGAGAGUGUCGCUAAGCGUCUUGCGGACGGCGCUGAGGAGAUGGCCAAGGGCGUCUUUACGGCGAUUCCUAAAAUGCUGUAUGGGAGUGUGUUUUUGCCAACCAACAAGGAAGGCGAUUUCGCAGGGACAAUGGAGUUGGCAAAUGAUAUACUAGGGCUACCUAAAGAGGACUUGGAUGAAGCCACUAAGAGGGUGGUCGAUAUGGUGGCUGGAGGAUGGACCCCCUUCGGUUAA